GAGAAGCUAUUGGGUCCGAGUCUCUUUGAAUUUUAUGAAGCGGUUGUAUCUUGGUGGUGCCCCAAGCAGCCGAAACGAACCGAACCGCCAACAGAGAACAUCACCAUACUCAGUUGGCCAAAAACCAUUCUUUUGCCUUUUACCUCCAGUGGAUUACCUUUGCCCUAAAGAAAUCGAAAUAUAAAUCGAAAGCAACAAGCAACGCAGAUAAAACUGUCCAAGUGAACACACACAAACAUCGCGUUGAACAAAACCCAUGAAGUGCGCGAAAUGUUGAGCUACGUGUAAAAGCGAUUUAAAAGGAUCUUAUAACUCUGUGAGAUACUUAGAUACAAAUCAAAGAUACAAAUCGAAAGCAGAAAGAAAGUGGCUAGUGAUCCCCCAGAAUUCUUCGCAGAGUUCUAAACGACGAAAUCCGUUCUGUUACUUGCGUGAAAAAGUUACAACCACAAGAUGACUAGAAGACGUUCGAGUCCGCCGGGACUCGAGGAGCUGCUGUAUCUGGCGCUCGUCCUGCUGGCCAUGGCUUUGAUACCCACACAAGCCGCCCCGGUCCAGGAGUACACGGAGAUCCAACAGUAUUCGGAGGGCUGCUACUACAACUAUGCGCAUUACCAGGAGGGCGACCGCAUCAUGACCAAUGAGCCAUGUCUGAACUGCACCUGCCACAACCGCAUGCUGAUGUGCUACCUGCGCGUCUGCCCCUUCACCAAGCCCAUUGGCCACGACUGCAUCGUGGAGAAGCGGGAGGACCAGUGCUGCCCCAUCAUCACCUGCCCCGAAGUACCCGUGGACGUGCCGUAUCACUCGCCGGAACCCGGCACCGAAUUGAGCAUUCCCGAGAAGUUCGGCUGCAGCAUCGAGGAGAAGUUCUACCCGGAGGGCGCCCAGGUGCCAUCGAAUCCCAAUAAGCCAUGCGAACUGUGCUACUGCAUCAACAACCAGACCAAGUGCGUCAUGCAGGAGUGCACACUGCACGUGGACGGCUGCCUGCCCAUCUACAACAAGGGAUCCUGUUGCCCAGUGCGUUACAGUUGCGACCAUGAAAACGAGUUGGACUUUGUGGACCAGUCGACCACGACGACCACCACUACCGUGCGACCCACCACUGGCUUCAUCCUGGAGAGCACCAUGACACCAGCCACCACCAUGGACUGCAUCCACGAUGGCGAGAUCUAUGCGGAUGGUGCCUCCCUGAAGGGCAAGAAUGCCUGCGAGCACUGCUACUGCAUGCGUGGUGAUAUCGUGUGCGCCGUCCAGGAGUGCGAGGUGCCCAUGAUGGCGGCCAAUGGAAAGUCCUGUCGCGCAAUGCCAGCCGCCGAGGGCGAGUGCUGUCCGAGCAACUACGUCUGCGAGGACGACAGUGCCACCACCGAAAUUGUUGAGCUCACCACGCCAGAGAGUGCCACUUCCGCUCCGACCAAGGGCAUUCAUGCCGAGAUUCCCAAGGAGGAUGUCGAUCUGCAGGAACACAUCGAUGACGAGGAUAAGGAUAAGGAGACCGCCACCAUUCCCUCCGCCGAACUGGGCAGCGGUGAGGUUGAGGAGGAGGAAGAGGACAAGAUCACCACGGUUGCACCAGUGCACGUUACGGACGAGAAGGACUUCUCCUUCGAGCCCGAAUCCUCCACCGCCGGCAUUCCAUCCGAUUCCAGAAUCGAUCUACCAUCGUCCACCGAGGAGUCGAAGGAAUCGUCCACUGAAGCUGCCGAGGAAGAUAUCGCCAAGAUCGUCACCACUCCAGAGCCCGAGGGUAGCGGCGAAGAGGAUGUGCCUAAGCCUGACGAGAUUCCCGAAAAGGAAGUCACUGAAGAGGAACUCAUCAAGGUCAGCACUGCUGCUCCAGCCAAGGCCAGUCCUGAAGAGGAAGUGGUCAAGGCCACCACUUUAGCGCCUUCAGAGGAAGAUGUCAAGCCGACAACCGCCGGAACAACCAGCGAGGAAGAGGAAGAGGGCAAGCCCACACCUGCAGAGGAAGGAAGCGGUGACGAGGAGAAGGAUGUCCAGGUCACUGCUGCCCCAGAGGCAAGCGAAGAUGAAGCCAAGCCCACUUCCGCCCCAGUGGCGAGCGAUGAAAAGGAACAGGAGCCCAAGCCAAGUGAGGGCAGUGGUGAGGAAGAGCUGGAUCUCAAACCUACAACAACAGCUCCAACGGCAGGUGACGCGGAUAAGGAUGCUACUCCAGCUCCUGAAGAAAGUGUGGAGCAGGAUGAAGGCAAGUCUACUGAAGCGCCAACCUCCAUCGACGACGUUGAGCCACCCAAGCCAACUGAAUCCUCCGAGGAAGCCAGCGGAGAAGGAGAAGAUGUUGCCAAGGAAACCACACCCGCUGGACAAGCCGGCAUUGCUGGAGAGGAAGAGUUCGUCAAGGCAACCACACCAGCUGGCGAACUUAGCACUGAAGGCGAAGAGGAGAUCGUUAAGGGAACCACCCCUGCCGAAGAAUCCAGUAGUGAAGGUGAGGAUGAGAUUGCCAAGGCAACCACUCCUGCUGGAGAAUCUAGCAUUGCUGGAGAAGAAGAGAUCGCCAAGGCAACCACUCCUGCUGGAGAACCUAGCAUUGCUGGAGAAGAAGAGAUUGUUAAGGCCACCACCCCUGCAGGAGAACCUAGCAGUGAAGGAGAAGAAGAGAUCGCCAAGGCAACCACUCCAGCUGGAGAAUCUAGCAGUGAAGGAGAAGAAGAGAUCGUCAAGGAAACCACCCCUGCCGGAGAACCCAUCAGUGAGGGCGAAGAGGAUGUCAUUAAGGCCACCACUUCCGCUCCCAAAUCCGACUUUGAAGGCGUCAAGGAACCCGAGACAGCCACAGAAGUUGCAGCAGGAGAAGGCGAGGACUUUGCCACAACUCCAAUCGCUGAGGCUGAGAAAGAACCCAUUGCCGGAACACCCAUUCCAACUGACGGCGUCAGUGGCGAAGAGGAGUUUGUUAAGGUCACCACUCCAAAGACCCUGGAAGAGCAGCCUGAAACUAGCGAAGAGUCCACCGAGGUGCCCGUCGCUGAGGAGGAUCUUUCGAGCUCGACCAGUUCUCCAGCAAUUGCCACCUCGACCGAAGGUGUCCAGGAUGUUGCAAUUGAAACGACUUCCAGUGCUCCUGCCCGAGCUGGAGACAAGGAAGAAGCAGGCACCACUGCGCCUAUUGCCGACGACAAAGACUAUGCUGAGGAGGUGGAACAGGAUGCCACAGACUUGCCAGUCGAAGAUGCUGUCCAGAGCACAACUGCAAAGACCACAACCACCACCACCACCACCGAGCAGCCCAAGGAGGAGUCCUCCACUGAAGCUGAGGACGCUGAAGUCGAAGUCACCACCAGUAGUCCCGUCGAUAAACAAGAGGUGCCAGAAGCUGAACCAGCAGACAAGGAUCACAAGGACGAGGAAGACGUACAGACCGCCACUGAUCUGCCCACCAAAUCUGAUGUUGUGCCACCUGUUGUCGAUGGCGAAGCUACCACCAGUGAGGCCGAAACCAGUGAUGAGACCGCUACCGAUAAGCCACCAACAGUUUAUCUGCCCCCUGGUGAAGAGAAGGAUUCUGAGAAGGAAGAGGGAACUGCUACGGAGCCCUCUGUCCAAGAGGAACCAUCUAAGCCUGUGGACACUCCAGUGUCCCAGGAGACUCCAUCCACCACUGCUAAGGUUGACAAUCGCAACGACUUCGAAACGGAGAAACCAACUCUGCCACCAAUUGCCGAGGAUCAGAGCUCCGAGCCACUGCCCGCCAUGGAUCUGCCCGCUGCUAUUCCGGGCGAAGGUGACUGUCUGGUGGAGGGCAAGACCUACGCCAACAACACCAUCGUUCCCGCUACCGCACCCUGCGACGUGUCCUGCAGAUGCAUCAGCAGUCUUGUGGCCUGCGAACAGAUGGAGUGCAAGAAGCCCGCCAACCUGGAGAAAUGUACCGUGGCUGCCGAUCUUGUGGACGGUUGCUGUCCCACUUACAUUUGCGAUGAGAGCCCUGAAAGUGCUGAACAGGAUCAGGAAUCCACCGCCAAGCCCGACGAUACGAUCGACGAUAAAAUCGACGAGGAUGUCUCGGAGAUCAGCACGGAGGAGAUUCCCAAGGAUGUCAUCAUGCCUACUGGCAUCACUGAGCAGCCUCUUUCUCAUGUCAAGCCCGAUGAAGAGAUCCAGCCAGUGACCUCGAUUCCGCCACAGGUUGAUGAAUCCACGACUGCUAAGGUUGAUAAGAAACCAACUGAUGAAUCCGCUGAGGACUCGAAACCAAUUGAUGAAUCCGAGGAGGACAAGAAACCAAUUGAUGAAUCUGAAGAGGAUAAGAAACCAGUUGACGAUUUCGAGGAGAAGGAGAAACCAUCGCCUGCUGUCACUCCAGCGGGAGAGAUUGAAAAAGAAUCCCAGCCCGAGGACGAGAAGAAGACUGAGGGUGAAUACGCUGGACCCACUGAACAGCCAGAGGCUUCAACUCCCGCCCAGUUUGCCGACACUGCUGAGAAGGAGGUUGAUGAUAAACUGGCCACCACAUUCGCUCCCAUUUCUAGCGAGGAUGAGCUCAAGCCUGCCGAUGAAAAGAAACCCACUGAUGAAGCGCAGAUCCCAGUUGCCGAAAUUCCUGCUAGCACCGCUGAGCCCGAGUCCUCGACUCCUGAGCUCCCUGCUGCUGAUCUCGACAAGAAACCAGAGGAGGAUUCAACCAAGGCCACUGAGGCGCCUGAGUCUGAUAAGGUUCCUGAAGUUCCCACCAGUGCUCCAGCUGAAGAUGAGAUUGAGGAGUCCGACAAGUUCACAACUGUUGCUCCACCAAAGACUUCUGCUUCCGAUGAAACAGAGCCCGCUGGUGAGGAAGAUCUCGUGCCCGCAACCUUUGAGCCCGUGGAAAGCGAAUUUGAAGUUAGCACCAAGAAGCCAGCCGUGCAAGGACCACCACUGCCCACUCUUGCCCCAGCUCAGCCGGAGAAGAAACCAGUCGAUGAAGAGGACUCCACUGAGGCUGAGAUCAGCACUGAACCAAGCGCUGAAGUUGAAAAGGAAACCUCUGGUGAAACAUCAGAAUCCGACUCUAAAAUCGAUGCUCCUACUACUGCUGCUCCUGUUUCUGCUGAAGAGGAAGAGGACAAGACUCCAAGCACUGAUAAGACUGUCGAGGCCGAAGAGAAGGUCACCACUGUUGCGCCAGUUGCUGGUGAUGAUGAGGAGGCCAAUUUGCCCAAGCUACCACAAGAUAUCUUUGAAGAGGAAUUGCCCGCCGCGGUUACCACCGCUGCUCCAUCGAAGGUCGAGGAUGAACAGAAACCCGUCGACGAUGGAGAGAAACAGUUCGAAGAUGGUAAAAAGCCCAUUGAUGAGGAAACCUCUACAUCCGCUUCAGCUGAAAAUGAGAUUGAGCCUGAGUCUGAUCGUGCUACCACUGCUGCUCCUACUAAGGAAGAAGCUGCCGAACCAUCCACUGGUGCUCCCGAAUCUGACGAGAGCAAGGAAACGCCUGAGUCCGAAGUGGCCACAACUGUUGCUCCUGCUGGUGAGAAGAUUCCAACAAGCAGCAUCACUCCCGAUGAGGAAGGAACUGCCACUUCUGCUCCUGUUGCCAAGCCCGAUGAAGAUGUAGAGAAGGAAACCAGCACUGAAACUCCUGCUUCUUCGGAGGAGGAUGAGGAUACCUCUACUGCUCAAACUCCAUCUCAGGUGCCAGAAAAGAAACCUGAAGCUCCUGCCCAGACUCCGGAAGAGGAAGAGGAAACUGUUGGUGCCACUACUGCUCCAACAACCUCUGAUGAAGUGCCUCCUAUUCAGGGACUGCCUGAGGAUGUCCUUGCCGAGAUCCCGCAACCCUCGACUGAGACUGGAAUUAAGCAGCAAGACGAAACAACUGGUGCUCCAAGUGUUGAACCCUCUGUUACUGAGAUCGAUCAAGAAGCCACCACAGUCGCUCCUAUCGCCGAGAAGGAUGAGAAGCCAACUGAUGAGGAGAAACCAGUGGUCCAGAAACCAACUGGAGAAGAGCCAUCUGAGGACGAAGAGAAGGAGCAACCCACAGGGCAGGAUGUAUCCUCUGAGGGAUCAGCAUCUACUGAAGCUAUUGAAGAGGGAUCUACCGAAUCUUCUCAAGAAGUUAAGCCGUCGACUGAAGGAGUUGUUGCCGAGCAGCCUGAGGACAAGCAGCCCUCUUCGACUGCCCAAGUUCCCGUUGAGACAGUUCCCGAAAUCUCCACUGAGCUGCCAGUUGAAGAUGCCGACAAGUCCACAAGCGUGGCUCCUGUUGUCGCCGAUGAGGAUACCUCCGCUCCGUCCGACGAAAAGAUUCCCUCCGUUUCCGACGAGGAAGUCGAGAGCCCAGAAGUCACAACUGCCUUCCCACAAGCUGCCGAAGAUGACGAAGUCAAGACACCCGCGUCGACUGAACCAUCUUCCACUGACAAGACACCAGAAACUGAAGACCAGAAGCCCGAGGACGAGAAGAAGGCUGAUGAGACCCCUGAGUCUGAAACCGAAGUGUCUGAUGUGGCGUCAUCCACAGCGGCCCCAGUUGCUGGUGGAGACAUUGAGAAGGAGGAACAAGCCACCACAGCCUCACCUGUCGAGGAGGAGGAAGAAAAGAUCAAGCCAACUAUCGCCCCAGCUGCCGAAAUUCCUCAAUCAUCCGAAAAGGAGACCGAGGAAGAGCAAGAAGUGGAGUCCGGAACUAAGGCCACCACUGCAGAGUCUGACGAGCAGCCUAUUGAUGAACCUGUUCCUGCGACUUCUGGACCCAUCGAUGAAGCAUCCACAGUCGCUCCUACCAAGGAGGAAUCUAGCACCACUGCCAGCCCAGCUUCACCUGCUGUUCACGAGGAUGUCACCACUGUGCAACCAGUUGCCGAUGAGAAGGAAGUGGCUGCUCCCCAGGACGACACAAAGACAUCCAUUGAUGUGUCCACUGAUAUUCCCAUCGCCCCAGAGGAUGAGAAGCAAGACAAAACCGAGUCUCCAGUUGCACCCACCACUGUGGCAUCGCCAGCCGCUGAUUCUGCUGUUGAUUCUACUACUCCUUCAGUGGAGGUUCCAUCUGCUGUCGAAAUCGACACGAAGCCAAUGGAUGAAUUCAUGUCCCAGACUAUUGCUCCUCAUACCGCCGAUGAGUCUGCGUCCACGUCCGCUGAAGAUGAAGACCAGUCUCCCGUUACUGUGUCUCCUCAGGAUGCUGACAAGACUCCAGUUUCCGCGGCUCCCCAGGAUUCUGAUAAGACUCCGAUCUCAGAGGCUCCCCAGGAUGCCGACGAAAUCCCAGCUACAGCGGCACCUCUUGGCGAAGACAAGAUUCCAGCCACUGUGGCUCCUCAGACAGAUGAUGAAGUUCCAGCUACCGCAGCUCCUCUUGAUGAAGACAAGAUCCCAGCUACUGAGGCUGCUCUGGAUGAGGAGAAGAUUCCAUCCACAGCUGCUCCUCUUGAUGAUGAAAAGAUUUCUGCUCCAGUUAGCCCCGUUGUUUUCGAUGUGGAGCCAAGUAGCGAGAAGCCUGCUGUAUCUGAGGAUGCUGCUGAAGAGAGCACCGAACCAGCUGACCAUGAUGUGGAAACUAGCACGGAUGAGCCUACUGGUGAUGCCAAACUGAAGCCACCUACUUCUGCGCCUGCCAUACCAUCGGAAUCCCCAGUCACUGAGGCGGAGAUUGUGCCAGAAACUGCAGCUCCAGAGGUUGAAAAGGAGGUGCCAGAGAAGGCCACUGAACAACCCGAGCUGGAGAAGGAGACCCCAGAGAAGGCCACCGAGCAGCCAGAGAAGGAGACCCCAGAGAAGGUAACAGAGCAGCCAGAGCUGGAGAAGGAAACUCCAGAGAAGGUAACAGAGCAGCCAGAGCUGGAGAAGGAAACUCCAGAGAAGGUAACAGAGCAGCCAGAAUCGAUCGAUGAGAAGACCACUCAGGAGCCAGUCGUGAAGCCCAGCUUGGAUUCCACGGAGGAGGAUGAAGAGUCCGUUGAGUCCGAGGAGGAAUCCGUUGACAAGAAGACAGAGGAGCCUGAGGUGCCCGCUGUAGUUUCGGAGAUUACUCAGCCAAGUGAAGAGGCCGUUCCCACCACUGGUCACCCACUGUUCCCGCACCUGGCCAGCAGCACCACCACGGCGCCAGCCAUUGGCGACCGCGUGGGCGAGGAGGAUGAGGAGAACACCACUGUCAAAUUGAGUAGCUCUACCACCACCAGCACCACAGAGGCUCCUGUAACCAGCGCACCAUCCACGACGACGGUGGCCAGCCAACAGCAACAGCCGAUUACCCCGCCGCCCUACGGCCACGCCCCCGAGUACGAGGAUGAGUACGACGAGGAGGAGGUGUUCGGACCCGGUACCUGCCGCUACGCCGGCAAGCUGUACGUGUCCGCCCAGCAGAUUCCACGUGACGAUCCCUGCGACUUCUGCUUCUGCUUCCGAAGCGACAUCAUCUGCUUGCAGCAAUCGUGCCCGCCGCCAAUCGCCGGCUGCCACGAGGAGCCCAUCUCCGGCUUCUGCUGUCCGCGCUACGAGUGCCCCGUGUCCAUGGCCGCCGUGCUGAACAUCACCACGAGCACCACGACCACCAGCACCACCCUGCCGCCCCACUUCCUGCACUAUUCGCACGGCGAGGCGGUGAAGCACACUGGCUGCCUGAUCAACGGCCGUUCCUACCGCGUGGGCGAGCAGAUCGAGUCCACGAGCGGUCCCUGCAUCAGCUGCACUUGCGGUGGAGACGGCAAGAUGAAGUGCGAUCCCCAGCAGUGCGUUCCCGAACCCACCAUGCAGCAGGUGAUGGCCGCCGUGGCGUCGGGACGCAAGAGAUGAACCACCAGCCAUGCUCACUAAAUAUAAUUUAACUAAUUCUUAAGCACUGCAGACAACAAUCACGAACCGACGAACCAACCAGCCCAGAUAGCACCACUCGCCAACUAGCAGCAAUAGCAAUAGCAAUCAUAGAGCCAGGAAUCAGCAACCAGAUAAAGAACAGAAAUAGAAACAGAAAUCUUGAAACCGGAAAUCCGAAACAGAAAGUCCGGAAAAGAAUAGGCGACAAGCCAGGCCAAAUGCAAUAGUGUAACAGAGAACCAGAUGCAAUAGUGUUAAUUUUGGGUUACAUACGACAUACGCACUCUAUCAAUUGGAUUACGCCCACUUGUUUCGGAUUAGGUUACGGUGACGAAGCAACCAGUGAUAUUGUACUGUAUACAUAGUAUAGGUGCAAUUAAUUUAGACGCGCUCACUUAAAUCGAUUACUUAUUUGUAUUUGUAUGUGUACUAGUAUUUUUGGGCUUGUGACCCUAGUGACAGGACAUAUAGCCACCACAGCAGCCGACGUAGCGCGUGCCUUGUAAGGUCGUUCAUUGUGCCCGCCGCCAUACAAUCGCUUUCAGGAGACUCUCAGCACACCACACCACACAACACCACACCACACAUAGGUAGAGCGAAGAUAUUCCGGAUACGGAUCGCAAUCAAUGGCGUUACGAAGCCACGGCAUUCGGCCGCCAGUUGGGUUUCUACACUUGCCCCCCAGCCGGCGGCUCACUCUUCUCCAAUGCGCUUUUAUAGUAUUUUAGUCACCUUAUUUUAAACAUUAUUAUUUUUGUGUAUAAUUGUUGCUUCUAGUCUUCUUUUGUUGCAAGAGCAACGGAAUCCGCCUGUAACACGCGCACAACCCGAUCGAUCGUUCGAUCUUAUCACAUUACAUCAGAUCAGAUUAGAUUAGAGUAGAUCGAAUCAGAUUGGAAUCGAAUCGUAUCAAGUUGAAUCAAAUUGAGUUGAGUUGAGUUGAAAAACUGUAUCUUCUAUGAACUAUUCCAAGCUUUUAUACUUUUAUAUACAGAAUACGUGUAGAGUGGAGAAACGAACGAACUAGUUUUUAUAGCAAUUUUACAAACGAACGCACGAAUUGCAUAGUUUUAACGGAUUGAAUUUGUACUUCGCCCGCUGCACCUGCGCACAGGCACCCGUGUCAGGUGCAAAUGAGGUGGCCAAACCGUAGUCUACAUAGAAUUUUUAGAUCAACUGAAACUGAAACGGAAACGGAAACCGAUUACGGCACCGGAAACACACUCUCGGCCAUCGCUACUGCUCGACUGACUGAAAAUCGCGCCGAAGUUCGUAGAGAGGAGCUAUCUUUGUAAACUAUUUUUUUAACUACCAGCUGCCGCGCUGGUCAUUACUUUAUUGGUCGUAGAAUAGAAGGAAAAGCCAGGAUCGGAUUUUCAGUCACUUGAGCCUUAGCAAUGCGCCGAAUUCUACAAGCGUUUGAAUCGCGCUGAAUGAAUACGAACAUCAAUUAGUUUUAUAUAAUCUCUAACUAUAGUUGUAGCCCUAAGUAUUUAAUUUUAAAAAUAAAUAAAUAAAUUUUAAUUUAGAUCCUAUUUAUUUGAUAUGUCUUUUAAGAACAGCUCUUGUGUUUCCAUACCUUAUCAUAAUUUAUAUGCAGCUAUUCUUUGUAAUCUAAUAAAUAAAUACAACGCUUUUUAUUGAAAUGUA